UUGCGAAAGAAAGACCUCGGGGACAAUUCUGAAAGCUUUGCUCCGCGUCAGCGCCGAGCGUUUUGAGAGAGCCGGCUACCUUUGCCGCGCCGCUAUAAAUGCGAAGGCGCGGACGAAAAUCGUCUCAGUGUCGAGCGCGAAAAAAGCCGCGGCGGUAGCGACGACUGCGGCAGCGGGCUUUUUGAUACAACGCGAUCGGAUUUGCUUUUUGCACGUGCACGAAGUUGUAACGGGAAAGCUUCGCGAACAUCCGCGGUUUCGAUCGUGAACAAGCGGUGUUGUUUUCCCAUCGCAAAAUUUUCACUGUACUGUUUUCUCUUCUGCUCUCGAUUGCGGUCCAACUUGUAAUUGUCGCCGAGUCGUCGUGAUUCUUCUCUUGGCUGAUCCUUUAAUUUACAACCCGGCUCGCAAUUAUCGUCGACGGGCAAGAAAUAAGUUCGCGUCGUUGAUGAACUGCGUGGAAGAUGAUUUGAGACACGCGAACUCUAUUUGUCUUCGCCGAUGACCGCGUGUCAAUAUGGAAACAAGUCUGUUUGAAGAUUGCAUGAAAUAUUGAAGAAGGAUAUUCUCGCUAAUUCGAUCGAGAGGGCAACUGAUAAUUGCAAAGAAACCCGAACACACCGCCGACUGUGCGCGAUGAUCAGCCAAACGAAGCUCUGGUGGAAGCUCUUACAAUCCGGCGAGAAAAGAAGUAUCCUGGCGGGUUUGGCCGCGCACACCGGGCAGAUUUCCGUGGGGCUGUCGCAAGGAUACAGCGCGAUCCUGAUACCGAAGCUCUUCGAGGCGAAUUUUGUGGACCAGUCACAGGCGUCGUGGAUCGCCUCGCUCGGCGUCGUCUCGAAUCCUCUGGGUGCCCUCGUCGCCGGCCUCUGUGCCGAAUGCUUCGGCCGCAGAUCCGCGAUCGCUCUGGCCACACUGCCGCAUGCGGCCGGCUGGCUGUUGAUCGCAUUAUCGAAAAAUGUGCCGAUGCUAUACGCCGGCAGAUUCGUCAACGGCAUCGGCACCGGUAUGGUCAACGGGCUCUAUCUUUACAUCAGCGAGACAGCCGCGCCGGAUGAAAGAGCUUGGCUCGCGAGCUGUGGGCCAGUUCUGGUUUCUUUGGGUGUUCUGAUGGUGUACACUUUGGGCGCUAUCACGACGUGGCAAAGAGCGGCCGCUAUCAGCAUUGGACCAACGAUUCUUUCAUUCGCGCUGAUACGAAUGCUACCGGAAACGCCCGCCUGGCUGGCUUCGAGAGGCCGAACGGACGAGGCCAAAGAGGCUCUUCUGUGGCUGCGAGGUCCCGGAUUGAACGUCGAUAAAGAAUACCAAGAGCUCUGCGAGGCGAACGCGAAGCGGAAGGAGACAAAGGAUAGUCUGCUGCGGGCGCUACACAUGCCCAACGUGUGGAAACCGUUUCUGAUCCUUCUCGUCUUCUUCGCGCUCCAGCAACUGUCCGGCAUUUACGUGAUUCUAUUUUACGCCGUGAACGUGCUGAAAGACAUCGGCUUAAAUGUGAACAAAUACACUGCCAGCGUCGGCAUAGGCGUUAUCAGGCUGUUCACGUCGAUUCUCGGUGCCGGCUUGGCGAAUAACUUCGGCAGGAAGACCCUAGCCUCCGCCAGCGGCUUCGGGAUGGCCGCCGCGGCCACGGGAGUCGCCCUUUCCUUCAGGUUCAAUCUUCCGUCGUGGGUGCCGCUGCUCUGUGUCGGGACCCAUGUGGGCGCGUCCAUGAUCGGCUUCCUGACGUUGCCGUGGGUGAUGACGUCAGAAUUGUACCCGCUGCGGUUUAGAGGCAGCUUGGGGGGUCUCACGACCAGCAUUGUGCAGAUACUAACGUUUGUCAUGAUCAAAACGUAUCCGGAUCUGAACGGUACCGUCGGUCUGGAGUCUACGAUGUGGUUGUUCGGCGCAGCCGGUUUGCUCGGCGCCGUCUUCGCCCUCACGAUAUUACCGGAGACCCGAGGACGCAGUCUCGACGACAUCGAAAUGAAGUUCUGCGAUAAGCCGAGCGACAGCUUGAACGCCAGCAAAAUCUUCUCCAACGUCUGGUCGCAACCGAAGAACAUCACACUCCAACGAUACGCGACGAUCUCGGAGGAGAAGCAAUCGAAUAUCGCGGCGAACGCGUACGCUUACGACAACUUCUGUCUAGAGUUGUCGGCGGAGAAUCUAGAGAAGAGUGCCAAAGCCCAGGAAAACUCAGCAGCGGAUAAACGAGUUAUAAUCAGCUUAGCGCUCGAGCAUGAGUGCGUUUAACCGAAAGAAACUUUAAUACGGAAAUAACUUUUAUGGUGAAAUUGUGAUGUUAAAUUAUCUUGUAUUUAUUUAUUUUAUACAAUUGAUAGCUGAGUCAAUCAGUAAUUUUAAGUCAAUCAGUACUGAUUAAGGAUAUUGCUUUAUCACCAAACAUUUUUUCAGUAUUAUGAGCAUUCCUAAAAGGAUGAGUCUGUGAAUAACGAGUGUUGCAUUAUUAUUUAUGUCACCGUUGUGUUUGCGUGUAAUAGUGAAUCGCAUACAUGCAUGGAAGUGUACAUAAUUGUAAAUAGUAUCGCGCCUGAUGCGAGAGAUCUUGUGAGAUAAUUAUUUUUAUCACUGUUAUUAUUUAGGAAUAUGAUUAUUUUAUACGCGGACAUUGAUGCGCGCAACUCUGUCAAUAAGGAGCAUUUCUGUCACCGUUGAGAGAAAUAAAAUAAACAUGACACAUCGUUGAAUGUAAAGGAUUUUAUUCGGAAAGUACAGGGAGUAGAGUUGAAAAUUUCUACUUAAUAUUAAGCCCUCUUGAAAUCAGUGAACUGUGAAACAUUAUUGAAAUAAGUUAUAUUUGAUUUGCACAAAUCAAUGUCGAUUGAAGAAUUUGUAGGAUGUUUCGGAGGAAAAGCAGGUAAAUUACUGUGAGCCGCGUGUGAAAAUAGAAUGUAGUGACGUGUAUUGAUUACAAAUAUUCACGAUACAAACGUAUCAUCGGAAACCCUUUAAAAUAUCCUGCAACUUUCAUGUAAUACGAUAUUGCAUCCUGAAAAAACCUGUCGUACGCGAGAGAAAGGGGUAUAGAAAAAAUAUUUUCUUCGAUAUAUAUGUACAGCGAUGGAGUCUUUACGUGUCUGAGAGUGAACAGUGGCGCACGAUACAUGCAAUUUUUCUCGCUUUUCUACAACAAUCGCAAGUACAAAAUCACGUACAAAUCACGAGAUCAUGAUUUCCCGGUAUUAACAAUUUCAUUAAUUGCAUUAAUUAUUAUUACAUAUAAGCGAUGCGAUUGAAGUCGGUAUGUACAAUUGGACUACAAUAUCCCGUCGAUGAGUUAUACAAUUCCCUAUCGUAUCGAUCACAUUAGCGCUUAAAAUCGCCUAGAGAUCACGCUUACGAUCUAUUAAAUGCAAAAAGUAUGGGCAAAAUUUUAAGUACAAAAAUAAUAAAAAACGACUACGGCUACGGCAAGUGUCCCUCUUGAUCGUCACGUGACAAUGACCGCUGUAAAGCGAUCGACGUUGAUAGCUUCGAGAAACGGGGAAUACAGAACGUCUCAAAAUUAAAUAUAUUGUUGUCCCAACGUAUUCCGAUUCAAUUCCACGAUUGGCCACUACGCAUCUUAACACUUACAAGCUCUACGUCCUCGUUACAACGUACAGUUUAGUCAGGCAGUUUAGGUUCUUUUUUUUACUAACAAAUAUCUAAGAAAAUAGCUAAAUACUCGUUUCUCUCCCUCGUUGCCUUAUUCUAUGUACAGAGUACCCGGAGGGAGGGGGGAGGGGGGGUAUAAAUUCAGUCCGUUUCGGUAUAUUUACAACAUGGGACGUUGAUAAUUAAUUAUUCAUACUUUCGGCAUUUCUCCUUACGAGUUGUAAUCCUACGCUUUCUCAUACGGCGAAACCAAACCAAAAGGAUCACAAAAUCUUUACGGACGCUUGUUCCGAACGUUAACGUUCAAAUGUCUGAAAAGUGUAUAAAAUCAUUGGCGCGGAAGAGUGUAAAUGAUGAGAUACAAUUGAUGUUGAGAAUUAAACUGUUAGUUAUUGAUAAAUAUUUUUUUUUUUAUUAUAUAUAUAUAUAUUGUAAAGAAAAUUUUUAUUCGUAAAUAAAUAAAAGUUUUUUUAAGAAAAGUGCUGUUGAGAAUGGAAGACAUUUGCCUAAACUAAUAAGAAUCAACCUAGAUUAGUAAAUGCAACGUUGAGCAUUGUCUGUACAUUCGUCGAUAUUUGCAAUGACGUCUAAAUCGUCCGUCCUAAGAACGAGUCGCGCGCAGACUGCGAUCUCUAUCUUAUAUUCAACUAGAAAAUCGAUAAUACGCCGCCGUUCGUUAAAUCAGUAAUUGCAUAUUACAUUUGCAGAUCUUGCAGAUCUUUCAAUGCAAAUCCGUUCGUCAGAAUUAUUCUGCGUGGUCCACUCGAGACUUACAUUAGUCGCUCGCGAGAGAACUCUAUUACGCGCGCAUUGUACUCCCGACGCUAUUUAGAAUCAAUUUUGCAGGCAAACCUGUCGCGGGAAAUAUGGAGGGGGUAUGUGUGCGUUACUUAUUGUAAUUUCGGCUACGUAGAUGGAAAUUGCACAUAAUACGCGUGGCAAAGCCGCGAGCUUCUCGUUCUCACUUAUGUAUAUGAGAAGAAAGAAAAAUAUAAAUAUUUCGCUAGAGUAAAAAAUAAAUAAAUUUCAAUAUUGCGAUGAUAUCCAAAAGGAAUACAGCGAAUAACGGCGGAAUUUUGUACUCUUUCCAACUUAACGCACUUUCUUGAUGCUCUCCGUGAAUAGCAUUAAGUGAGCCGUCACUUUUUGAAAAUAUUUGCAACCGGAACGAAAGUGUUGAGCAUGAUUU